AUGGCUUCCGGUACCCAGGCUAAGUUCGUCCAGAAAAUGAACUCGCUCCGUCUCGAGGCGGACGAGAACGCCGCCAAAGCCGAGGAGCUCAAGCAAAAGGUCAAAGAUCUUGAGCAGGACAACCUCACAAAAGAACAAGAGAUCACAUCCCUCACACACCGCAACCAGCUUCUCGAGUCAGAAGUUGAGAAGCUCGAGAACACUCACAAGGAUCUGAAGAAGGAGAAUGAGGGUUCCGCGUCCCAGGCCGCACAGCACGACUCCUUGACCCGACGAGUGCAAGUCCUUGAGGAUGAGAACGAGAAGGCCGACCAGACACUACGUGAGACCAAUGAGAAGCUACGUCAGACCGAUGUCAAGGCUGGCCACUACGAGCGCAAGGUCCAGGCUCUUGAGUCUGAGAGAGACGAGUGGGAGGCCAAGUACGAGGAGAUGGCGAAGAAGCACCAGACCCUCCAGAAAGAGCUGCAAGAACUUGAGCAGAGCAUGGGCUCUCUCUAG